UUUAGGCCCCGCCCCCUCCUGGAAGAGCUAGGCUGUGGGCGCUCUUUCCUCUGCCUGGGCGGGGCGUCACCAUGGGCAGUAAGAUGGCGGCAGCCAGUAGGGUCGUCCAGGUAGUCAAGCCACAUACACCUUUAAUUAAGUUUCCAGAAAGAAAAAGUACUCCCAAACCUACAAUACAGGAGCCUCUGCAAUCAAGAGUGCCUCCACUUCAUGCUUCAGCCUCACAACUCUCUGCAGGAGGUGGGCCGCCAUUGCAUAAAAAUAUUUCAUUUCCCAGUAGAAUGCAAGGUACACCUGACACUUCAGAAUUAGUAAAAACUUUACCUCAAAAAUACCGAAGGAAACCCAUGUCAGUUGAAGAGAUGGAAUACAUCCAACGUGGAGGUCCAGAAUAACACAGAAGACUGUGCUACUGAAGCACAACAAACUCUUGUAUUCACAAUAAAGGCCUUCCUCACCGUCUGAACCUCUAAAAGCAAAUAGCUUUAUUAAAGGCCUGUCAUGAGGAAUGAGAAGGUAAAUGCUUUGGAAAGAGGUUGUGUCCCAGAUCAGAAGAUAAUUUUGUUUUGAGUAACCAUUUGACUCCACUUUUUACAACUACAAUAUUAAAACUUUUUUUUUCAUUCUA